ACGACGACGACGACGACGACGACGACGACGACGACGACGGACGACGACGACGACGAUGACGACGACAACGAGGAAGGCCGAGAACGAGUAAAAGAAAAGGAAAGAGGCUACGAGUGAGUGCGAGGGAGAGGAGGAUAAAGAGUAGAGGAGGACGAACGAGGUAUAGAAGUCAGUCAGUCAGUCAGUCUGGCCGCGCACGCUUCUGAUUCACUACUCUCGAGUGCUCUCGAGUGCUUUUGCCAUGAGAUUUUUCUAAACCUCGCGCUUGUUACUGAUACAUUGCUUUAUCUUUUUUUUUCCUGAACAACCGAGAAAAAAAGAGAUAAACGGAAAGAAGAAGAAGAGAGAGAUAGAGAGAGAGAGAGAGAGAGAGAGAGAGAGAAAGAGAGAGAGAGAGAGAGAGAGAGAAAGAGAGAGACAGAGAGAGACAGAGAGAGAGAGAGAGAGAGAGAGAGAGAGAGAGAAGGUAAUAAUAAAUCAACGGACGAUCGACUAGCACAGUGAAAACGAGAAGCUCGGUCUUGUUACUUGGCACCGUCAAAGGAUUUUUUAAGAUUCCCGCGCGUUUCGUCGAAACGGCGACUUUCGACGUUCUUUCGGUCUAUAUCAAAAAGAAGCGAGAAAAAGCAAGUGUCUAGAUUCCGUGACUGGGCAUGCUACUGAGAAACGUGGAGAGAGCGUGUCUCUUAUUGACAGCGAUCCACGUUUUGUUCGGCAGAGGUGUCAAUGCGGAGACAUUCACCCUUGGAUACAUCACCGGUUCGAAACGACGUCCAGGGGAUGGAGAAUACGAGCGUCCGGGUGUUCGGAUAUCCGGCGCCAUCACUCUCGCUGUCGAAGAGGUGAAUGCGGGAGAACUCGGCAGACAAGGUCAUAAGCUCGAUUUUUUGGUCGCUGAGACGUAUGGCGACGAGGAAACCAGCAUAUUGAUGACAGCUGAUCUCUGGAGAAAGAAUGUCAGUGCUUACAUCGGUCCACAAGAGAGUUGCAUUCACGAAGGGAAAAUGGCUGCUGCGUUCAAUCUCCCAAUGAUAUCAUACUUCUGCACGCAUCACGAAACCUCCGAUAAAAAUAAAUUCCCAACCUUCGUUAGGACUCGGCCACCCGACACACAGAUAUCAAAAUCUGUGGUUUCCGUUUUAAAAGCUUUCAAUUGGAUGAAGGUAACGUUCAUGUAUAUGAACUCGUCAUUGGUCGAUUUCAGUAAAAUGUCAACCAUCGGAACAACGAUCCUGUCGUCUUUCGAAAAUAAUGGAAUUACAGUUAAUUUCCUUCGUUGUUGGAAGGAUCCUUAUUAUUUAAUGAAAAAUGUGGAGAAUCCGUUUAAUGAAAUUGUCAAAGAAACUUAUCGGGAGACUCGAAUUUACGUGAUUCUAGGAAAUCACGACGAGCACAUGGGUCUCCUGAUGGCACUCGACAAAAGAAAGCUCUUGGAAAAAGGAGAAUACUGGGUAGUUGGGAUUAACUUCGAUCAAUACGAUGAACAGAAGCCAGACAAAUAUCUUCGUGGAUUAUAUCAGGAUAGAAUAAAGGAUUAUUCUGUACUUAAAGCUUAUCGCAAUUACUUCAGCAUUGUUGCAUCAGCGCCGAUUGAUUUCGACAAUUUCACGAAACUAAUCAAUGAUUAUAGGCAGAAACCACCCUUUAACUUCACCAAUCCAUUGUUGAUGUUAAGGGUUAAUGGAUUAGUUCAGAUAGUGCCGGAGACGGCUUACCUUUAUGAUGCUGUACAUCUUUAUGAAAUGACACUGUUAAAAGCAUUAAAUGAAAGUCGUAAUCCACGAAAUGGAAAAGAAAUGGUAACUGCCCUACACGGAGUUCAUUAUCGCAGUGCUAUGGGUUACAUGGUGUACAUGGACGAGAAUGGAGAUGCCGAAGGUAAUUAUACGUUAAUUGCUUUGGAUAAUCAGACUGACAAAGGUUAUGGUCUUUAUCCUAUCGCAUAUUUCGUUGGUAAAGAAGAAGGAUCAAAUUUACCUAAGCUUCGAUUGAUACGAGAAAUUUCUUGGGUCGGUGAUGGUCCACCUAUCUCGGAACCAUAUUGCGGAUAUCAUGGUGAAAAAUGCAAGUCUUACACGAUCGAGAUAAUAGGUGGUAUAGCAGGUGGAUUACUAUUAAUCAUUGUCGCAGUACUAUUAAUUCUAUAUAGAAAUUGGAAAUACGAGCAAGAGUUAGAUUCGUUACUUUGGAAAGUAAACUAUAAGGAUAUUCAGAUCAAAGAGGCAAAGGAUGAAAACGGAGCAUCUAACGAGAUCUCAGUCAAAUGUAAUUCCAAGACGACGCAACCGAUAGUGAGAACGAGUCAGGUAUCCUUGAGCUCGAAUCCUGAUGCCGAUUUUCGCUAUUCCAUGAUUUAUACACAAAUUGGAGUUUACAAAGGACGAAUCUUUGCCAUUAAAAAAAUAAGAAAGAAAUCAAUCGAGAUUACACGAGAGAUGAAGAAGGAAUUGAAAAUAAUGCGAGAUUUGAGACACGAUAAUUUAAAUGCAUUUAUCGGUGCUUGUACCGAUCCUCCAAAUAUAUGCAUCGUCGUUGACUAUUGUGCACGAGGCAGCUUGAAGAUAUUUUUUCAGGAUAUUUUAGAAAACGAGGAUAUAAAGCUCGAUAACAUGUUCAUGGCAUCGCUGGUCGGUGACAUUAUAAGGGGCAUGAUUUAUCUUCACGAGUCUGUCAUAAAAUAUCACGGAUCGCUCAGCACGUCAAACUGCCUCGUGGAUUCUCGUUGGGUCGUAAAGCUGUCGGAUUUUGGGCUUCGCGAAUUUAAACGAGACGCCGAAUGUGAGCCAAGUGACGUUAUGAAAAAAUACCACGGAUUAUUGUAUAGAGCACCAGAAUUAUUACGUUCAACUGGUCUCGAUGAACCAUCAGCGAGAGAUUUUCAAAGAGGAGACGUAUAUUCCUUCGCUAUAGUUCUUUACGAGCUUCAAGGUCGCCAUGGUCCUUUCGGUAUAACUCAAUCAUCUACUCCUGAAAUUUUGAAGAAAAUAAUAACGAGAAACACAACAAAUCCACCAUACAGACCACCGUUGGAACAGCUAGAGAACACUUUUGAUUUUGUACGUGACUGUUUGUUGGAAUGCUGGGCUGAAGAUCCAGAAAAUCGGCCGGAUUUUAAGAUCAUAAGGAACAAAUUAAGACCUCUGCGAAAGGGCAUGAAACCGAACAUAUUCGAUAAUAUGAUGGCAAUGAUGGAAAAAUAUGCAAAUAAUCUCGAAGCUCUUGUGGACGAACGAACUGAUCAAUUGACAGAAGAAAAAAAAAAAACAGAUGCAUUGUUGUAUGAGAUGCUUCCGAAAUACGUGGCCGAACAAUUAAAACGUGGAAACAAAGUGGAAGCUGAAAGUUUCGAUUGUGUCACGAUUUAUUUCAGUGAUAUCGUUGGAUUUACUUCAAUGUCAGCCGAAAGUACACCCUUACAGGUGGUGGAUUUCUUAAACGACCUAUAUACGUGUUUCGAUUCAACAAUAGAAAAUUACGACGUUUACAAAGUCGAAACUAUCGGCGAUGCUUACAUGGUUGUAAGUGGAUUGCCGAUAAGAAACGGCAUUCAUCAUUCUGCAGAAAUUGCCAGUAUGUCCUUGUGCCUCUUAGAUGCUAUCAAGCAAUUCACGAUACGUCAUAGACCUUUGGAUAAAUUGCAACUUCGAAUAGGAAUUCAUUCGGGUCCUGUUUGUGCUGGAGUCGUGGGUUUAAAAAUGCCACGAUAUUGUCUAUUUGGUGACACUGUAAACACAGCCAGUCGUAUGGAAUCAACAGGAUCUCCAUUAAAAAUUCAUUGUAGUAGCGAAACGAAGAAGUUGUUGGACGAGCUAGGUGGAUUUAGUCUAAUUGAACGCGGUGUAGUUUCCAUGAAAGGUAAAGGAGAUCGAUUGACCUACUGGCUGAUAGGUGAGGAUCCAGUGUCACGAGAAGAACGUUGGAAAGAAAGAACAAAUCGUAAAAAUGCAACGAACGGUAAAUGUACGAAUACAAUCGAUCCACUCGUACCACGAAGUUCAUUAAAGAACAAAUCUCUUAUGAGUUCGACAUUCAUGAGGUGUUCAAGUGAGUCACCAAAACGUUUACGUUUUGCUAGCUCUGAUCAGCUGGAUCAAAAGUGUAUAAGAACGAGCAAUCAAUUGGAAUCGAUCGUCGACAAUAGUCCCUGUAAACCAAAAUUAUCAUCCUCGUCUUUAAUGAAGGCCGCUUGUAUAGAAAACUGGAGAUCGAAUAGCAAUUCUUGUCCAUGUGUAGAGAAACUUUGUGAAAGUCAAUCGGAUCUUUUGCAACAUCCACUUGAUCCAAGUAAAAAGAAACUAAACGAUCUUCAAUUAGAUAAUAGUUUCCUUUUCGACAAUGAUUCUUAUCUUUUAAGAGCUGGCAUGAAAAAUCUUCGAUUUGGUACAUCAGCGAUAUUUCAAGUAACUUGUAGAUCAGCACCGAGCAGUCCUAAACAUAGUUCGAUUAUCUUAAACGCACAAAAAAGAGCGACUCAAUCGACUGAAGAUAUCGAUGGAUGGGAAGUGAAUGCUCCGUUAAUUUGUCACCAUGGUAAUAGGAUCGAUUGAAGAAAAUGAAUUAUUUUUCUUUUUUUUUUUUCUUUUUCUUUUUUUCGAGCUUUAGAUUUUUAUUCAUUGUGACAUUUUAUGUAGGUAAUUUGAAGUUCUGUCCUUAAGAUAUAAAAACGAAAGAUGAAUGAUUUUUACGACAGCUGAAAUUAUUUACUAUUUUCAUUUAUUUGUCGUAUGUUUGUGUAAUAAGUAAAUGUUACUUUAAAAUUUUUCUUAAAGGAACUAGGGAAAUUUGGAAUUUAAAAUGUUGGCACGCGUUAAAUUAUUCGUAACAAGGCCGCAAAUGAAUUUCUUUUUACGGUAUUGAUUAUAAUAUUAUAAAAUAAGAAAAUCCAUUGAGAAUCAUUCCAGCUUGUAAUAUCAGCGCUUCAACGUAAUGAAUCAAACUAUAUAAAAUCUAAUUUUACCAUAAUUCCAAUCGAAUGGAUGAAGGUUUUCAAAAAUCCCGGAGAUAUUUCUUUUCCUUAGGUUUCCCUUUAUUAAUUAUACCUGAAAAAUUGAAGAUCAAAAUAAAAUUAACAACAUUAACGUUAAG